CCCCCAAGACCUCCUCAGUAUUUCCUCUUUAGAGAACAUGUCUAAAUUCUUACACCAGAAUUCUAAGUAUAACACUGUUGCUCCUAUCAUGAUCAGUCGAGAUAGCCAUGAACAAACCAAUAACAAGGUCUCUGCUUCCACAACAAAACCCUCCAAUGGUGGCUGGAAAGCUGCCUUGUUUAUCAUUUUUGUGGAAAUGGCAGAGAGAUUUGCCUUUUACGGUUUGGCCGGAAACCUCAUAACAUACCUAACAAAUGAACUUCAUCAGCCCACAGCCACUGCGGUCAAGAACGUUAAUACAUGGAUUGGCGUCUCCGCCAUCUUCCCAAUAUUCGGUGCAGUUCUUGCUGAUUCUUUUCUUGGCCGGUUCACGACCAUUCUUCUAGCCUCAAUCAUAUAUUUCAUAGGAAUGGUGUUACUGACCUUCUCAGUCUCUAUAAUUCCUAUGCAUUACCGUGAAGCAGUAUUCUUUCUAGCUCUUUAUAUACUAGCUAUUGGUGAAGGCGGACACAAGCCAUGUGUACAGACGUUUGCGGCGGAUCAGUUCAACGAGGAGAAGCCGGAGGAGAAGGCGGCCAAGAGCUCAUUCUUCAACUGGUGGUACUUGGGUAUAGUAAUUGGGGCCACCGUAGCUGUAUUCUUAGUCAUUUACGUUCAGGAUAAUGUUGGAUGGACAGAAGGAUUAGCGAUCUUGGCAGGAACAUUAGUGGUGGCCUUAAUUGUAUUCUUGGUAGGAAUGAAGAGAUACAGAAAAGAGGCACCUGUUGGGAGCCCUUACACUGCGGUGGCGCAAGUGCUAGUCGCGGCAGUAAGAAAGCGUCGCGUGAGUGAGACGCAGCAGGGAUGGGGUUUUUGUUGCGAAGAUGAUGAUAAGAGAGUUGGGGCUGACCUUGAGGGUCAACCUAAGGGCAAGAUUUUGUGUCGCACUAAACAUUUCAGGUUAUUGGACAAGGCAAUGGUAAUCGACAACAUGGAUGCCUCAAGCAAAACCAGAAAUCCAUGGCGGCUCUGCACACUAAACCAAGUAGAAGAAGUGAAGUUAGUUCUUCGUCUUAUCCCAAUAUGGCUAAGUUGCUUAAUUUUCACAUCCAUUAUUGUACAAAACCACACAUUCUUCGUAAAGCAAGGAAGUACAAUGAUUAGAUCAAUCGGACCCAACUUCGUUCUUCCUCCAGCAUCACUUCAAUGCUUAAUAGGCCUCACAAUUCUCGUCACAGUCCCAGUUUACGACAAACUUUUCGUCCCAUUAGCAAGAAAAAUAACAGGGCACCCAUCUGGUAUAACCAUGCUUCAAAGGAUAGGCAUUGGGUUGUUCUUAUCAAUUCUUGAAAUGGCGGUUGCUGCUUUAGUAGAAGCCAAAAGGAUUAGCAUUGCAAAAGAACAUGGUCUACUAGACACACCAAAAGCAAUAGUACCCAUGUCCGUUUGGUGGUUGGUCCCGCAAUACAUGAUUAGUGGAUUCUCAGAUGCAUUUGCGGUGGUUGGAUUACAAGAACUGUUCUAUGAUCAAAUGCCGGAAGCGAUGAGAAGCAUGGGAGCAGCUGCUUAUAUAAGUAUAAUUGGAAUUGGAAGCUUUGUAAACACUGCUGUUAUAUCUGUAGUGCAGGCUGUUACGUCUAGACAUGGCGGCGGUGGCGGUGUUUGGCUUGGAGAUAAUCUUAAUCUUGCCCAUCUAGAUUAUUUCUACUGGGUUUUGGCAGUAUUGAGUGGUUUAAAUUUGUGUCUUUAUGUCUGGAUUGCCAGUGGUUUUGAGUACAAGAAAGUUGAAGGUGAGAAAACGGAAAUGGAGGAGAAAGGUGGUGAGUCUUGAGCCAGCUCAACUUAUUAGUUAAUGAAGAAAUCCAUAUGUAUGAAAAAUCAGACGUGUAGUUAAUUAAUUAGCAGUGCAAACAAGCAAUUUCAGAAUUCUAAUAUCAUUAGUGCAAAUGAUUAGAAAUACCAUAGUUGUGAUGAAAACUUCAUUUUUA